AUGCCAAUCCAACAUGCUUGUGCAACCGAUGCGUGGGUCGCCGGAAGCAGGUUGACACUGGCUGACUCGGCGUCAGUGAUGAGGAAGGAAAGUGAGAUGAGGUGCUCAAGGCGACGUGCUUCCCAUUAUGCUCUAGUCGCUCUGGCCUUCUCGCCAGGCACCGUUUUGGGGCAGCCACCUAGUCAAAAGGUGAAAGGCGUUUCCCCCGAAUCUGGCGUUAUCAGCACCUUGGUGGAGAGCAUGAGGAGGACCAACGAGCAGCUUGAAACGCAUUCUUUGGGCGUGAAUGGCCCGAUGGAAGGCCUCGGCGCCAAACCCAUGGACGAUAGGCAAAUCAUAAGACGAGAGGGCCAAAAAUGA